CAGAAAAAAACUAAACAAUUCAAAAUUUCUAGCAAAAUAAAUGAAAAUUCUAUAAAAUGACGAAAUCAAAAGAUACUUUGGCCUAUGUGUGCAUUAAUUGUGGCCAAAAAGUCAAGGAGUUGUACAAGAAAUACAGCAAUACUUUUAAAACCGUCAACUGUGAAAAAUGCCAUAAUGUAGCCGAUAAAUAUAUAGAAUUUGAGACUGUUAUAAUACUAGUGGACUCCAUGCUAUUGUCGCAGCAAGCCUAUAGACAUGCCUUAUUUAAUCGGGAUUUUAAGCUAUUUUGGAAAUUAUCUUUAAUGUUAUUACUGUUAGAGUCCUUUACUCUUUGGCGUGAAAAACGUGAGCACACAAAUGAUGACUUGACUCAAUCCAUAUUGGUUAAUGAACAUGGCUUUUAUUUGUGCUGUGCUCAAAAUAUAUGUGACUAUUUACUUACCACUUUUUUACUUUUGCUGGCCUCCAUGGCUCUCCGGAAAAACAUGGUAUUAAAUAUGGGCCUUAAAUCCUUUGGAUUUGUGUUAUUAAAAGCCAAUGUCUUGGCCAACUUUUCGAAAUUCUUUUUAUUGCCCAUUAUGUUGUGGCGUGAGAAUACUACAGACUUUGGCGCCGCUAUACAUCGUACUUUGGUUACGGGCCAUCAUUUGUGUUCAUUGAUAUUUGUCUAUGUGGUUGUGACACGUUUAAGAGUUCUGCAGGCGGCUCUUAUUGUUUUACCCGUGUACAUUAUAAAAGAGUUUAUAAUGCAAAAUUUAUCGCUGUAUAUGGAGGAGCAAUUUUCAUAGAGCUGAGAAAAUGAAGGGGAGAACUGAUUAAAGGAUGAUGUUUGGUUGAAUUAAGUAUUUAUUUACCUUAUAAGAAGAUCUGCUGCAAUAAAAG